AUGGUGACCUCAAACCUCUUCAACAACGCUACUGGAAAUGGACUCCAGGUCGAGUUCUACAAUUUCUGUUCAAUUUCACAGGGAAGUCGGGACAGCGACCCGGCCGGCCAUAAAUUCCCGCUUCCUCUGACAGCUAAAAUCAGCAUGCCACUUUGGGCCGGAGAAUGUUCGACAGGCUGCCGCUGGACUUGUCGUCGGACUUCACGAUACGUUCGACGACCGGAGCCUCCGAAACAUGGUCAACGGGUCCGCUGUGCUCGCCUCGGACACCCGACGGGCUCUACUGUCCUAUGUUGGGCCGGCACGUGGUCAUCAGACGGUUUUUGGGCCGGACUUCGCAGCAUCCAUGGUCAAAAUCGGGCUCGGUGGGCGUUAAAACGAGCCGCGCAGGAGAAAUACGACGGAAAUGCGGCCAGGACACAGAGCACGUCGGGUGUCACGGCGAGGCGUGCAGAGCACGGGCACAGCGGACCCGUUGACGAUAUGUUCCGAAGGCUGCCGUCGUCGAACUUGAACUCCGACGACCAGUCCAGCGGCAGCCGGUCGAACCCUCCUUCGCCCAAAGGACAUGCUGAUUUUAGCUGUCGGAGGAACCAUAAUGGUUCUGUUAUUGUUGAUUAUUAA